AUGCGCGUGCUCGAGGACUGGGCGGCGCGUGGCCACGUGCGGCGCUUCCAGGCGGCUGCGCGGGAGCGACACGCAGCAGCACGACGGGACCAGUCGUUGCGUGUCGUCGCCGCCAUGCACGACCUCGUGGACGAAGUCGUUCGAACAGAGCUCAUCCCGGAUCUCUUGAUCGAGCUCUUCACAUCGCAGACGUCGACAAUAGAGGCUGCACCACGACACGAGCACGCCGCGGAGGCAGUGUAUGCCGGCGUCCUCGACAGCGUUGUGCGCUCGCUUCUUUUGGACAUUGUGCACACAACGAUCCAGCGUCUGGUCCAAGAUUUCCUGCAGACCACAAACACGGGACCAGACGACGACCCACUCGAGUUGUUGAUGGACGCCCUGCUCACGGACCUCUUGCAGCCGCGACUGCUCGACGUCGUCCACGAGACCAUUGCGCACCUCGUGACGACCUACUUGACGGACUCGGACGCGUCCAGCGUUUACAGCGCGCUGCUGCGGGACGAACUACGCUCCGUCGCAUGCAGUGCCGUCGACGACGAGCGGUGCCACGGUGUGUGGUCUGUCGUGUGCGCCGAGACGCUGCCGUCACUGCUGACAGAGAUGGUCACAGCCGCUGUCCAAGAGGCCAGAGACGCCAACGCCGUUCGUUUGGCGGUGAAGGAUCGAGUGCUCAUCGAAGACGCCUCGACGAGCCUUCUGAAUCACGCGCUGCUCACGAGCGUGCUGCAACUUUUGGCGCAGCAAGGCGACCGCAUUCUGUUCCAGGAUGCAUGUGAUCAAAUGCUGUCGCAUGCGAUGCUGGCCGCGCUUCUCGAGCGCUUGGUGCGCACCGAGGGCAGCGUCGAUGCAACUAGCCGUGUCCUUGUGGAUUUGCGCAACCGAAUUCUGCAGCAACACCUCUUUGAGGUCCUCUCGGUCUGCGUCGCCACCGACUUGGACGCCUACGAGGCGCAUCUCGCCGACCUGGAAGGCGACUAA